UGGAACUGUGCUAAAUACAGGGUGAAUUUUAAUUGGUUCCUACGCAUCACACCCCUUCUUCUGAUCAACUACUCCCUCCCCCUGAUGGGCAUUGCUUCCACUUUUCUGAUAUCUGAGUUAUAGUUGUCAAAGAAGUUGUUGAUACAUAUAGUAGGUUUCGUGAAUGCAUCUGUGUGCAUGCUGUAGGACAAGAGACCAUGCUUUACAAAGCAAGAUUGUAGUUGUCACAGUAAUUCCUGCUCUUGGAAAUUGUGACAUUUAUGAGCGUUCUCCGCAAACGGUGUGUGCAGCCUCCACUUUUUCCCCCUGUGACCUCUCAAGUACUCUCCCCUCCUGGGGCUAGUCUGCAAACCAUGGUGCUGGAGAAACUUAUGCGUUUUGGAAAACAGUUGCUAAGGGUGAAAGUGGUGAACUCAAAUUCUGAGGACUCCCGUCUGUCUCGAUGUCUCAACACCUUCGACCUGGUAGCCCUGGGUGUGGGAAGCACAUUGGGUGCUGGUGUUUACGUGCUUGCUGGUGCUGUUGCACGAGACAAUUCAGGUCCCGCUAUCGUCCUGUCUUUCUUGAUAGCUGCCUCAGCCUCAGUGUUGGCAGGUCUUUGCUAUGCUGAGUUUGGAGCAAGGGUCCCGAAGACAGGCUCUGCUUAUCUUUACUCAUAUGUGACAGUCGGAGAACUCUGGGCUUUCAUUACUGGAUGGAACCUCAUUCUCUCUUACAUCAUUGGUACCUCGAGUGUUGCCCGUGCAUGGAGCGCCACCUUUGACGAGUUGGUAGGGAAACGCAUUGAGGAGUUCUGCAGAGAACACAUGUCCAUGAAUGCACCAGGUGUGCUGGCAGAAUACCCUGACAUGUUUGCAGUUCUCAUCAUAUUUACUCUUACAGGUCUUUUGGCAUUUGGAGUGAAGGAGUCAGCGAUGGUGAAUAAGGUGUUCACCUGUGUCAAUGUUUUAGUCUUAUUAUUCAUGGUGAUCUCUGGGCUGGUCAAAGGCACUUUAAAGAACUGGCAGAUUGUUCCAGAGGAGGUCCUACAUGUCAAUCAUACGAAUAGCUCAAGCCUAAAUUUGACUGCCAUCCUGCCAUCCAAGGAGAGAAUAGGACAGGGUGGCUUUAUGCCAUUUGGCUUCACAGGAGUACUUUCAGGAGCUGCUACAUGUUUCUAUGCUUUUGUAGGCUUUGAUUGCAUCGCCACCACAGGCGAGGAGGUGAAGAACCCCCAAAGAGCCAUUCCUAUUGGGAUUGUGUCCUCGCUGCUGAUUUGUUUCGUUGCUUACUUUGGUGUUUCUGCUGCCCUCACCCUCAUGAUGCCAUACUAUCUUCUGGACAGCAACAGCCCUCUGCCUGUAGCUUUUAAAUAUGUAGGUUGGGGAGGAGCCAAAUAUGCUGUAGCUGUAGGCUCUCUUUGUGCUCUGUCCACCAGCCUGCUGGGUGCAAUGUUUCCUAUGCCUCGUGUUUUGUGGUCGAUGGCUGAUGAUGGGCUGCUUUUCAAGUUCAUGGCUGAGAUCAGCCCUCGCACCAAAACCCCACUAACUGCAACCUUUGCCUCAGGCACAGGGGCAGCGAUCAUGGCGUUUCUGUUUGACCUGAAGGACCUGGUGGACCUCAUGUCAAUAGGAACGCUGUUGGCCUAUACGUUAGUGGCCGCCUGUGUGCUGGUGCUAAGAUACCAGCCAGAAAUCCACAGCCCAGUGUACCAGAUAGCCAAUACCCAUGAUGAGGCAGACUCCAGUGAUGGGAUCAGUGUGCCCAGUAUGGGUAUUCUUCAUGAUGUGGAAGAGAGAUUCAGUUUCCAGACUCUUCUGUUUCCAAACAACCCCGAGCCGUCCGCAAUGUCAGGCUUCACUGUUAACAUUUGUACCUCUGUCAUAGGAAUGUUGAUCCUGGCCUUCAGUAUAUUGGCCGUGCAGGGAGGCUUCGCCUCAUGGAACAUGGUAGCCUUGAGUGUGAUCUUCAUGGUGUGUCUUGUUGUGGUUUUCAUAAUCUGGAGGCAGCCUGAGAGUAAAACAAUACUCUCCUUCAAGGUUCCCCUGGUGCCUUUCAUUCCAGUCAUAAGCAUGUUUGUCAAUGUCUACCUUAUGAUGCAACUGGACAGAGGAACAUGGGUCAGAUUUUCCAUCUGGAUGGCUAUAGGUUUAGUCAUCUACUUCGGUUAUGGCAUUCAUCACAGCUCUGAGGCGACCUCCGCUCGCAUAUCUCUUGUAACAGAGAUGAAUGGUUUUAAUCUUGAUCAUGAAUUGGAAGCCAUGUCAAUAGAGAAAGAAGCUUUUCUCAAUAAUGGCCUGGAUGUCAGGGAAGAAAACGACAGGGGGUUUUAGAAGGGACUAUAAUACACCACUCCACGUUCACCUGCCCCGACACCAGGCUGUCAUUGUAGAAGGGUUUUUGACAGUCCACUUCUUCAUCUCUCCUUUUGGGGGAAAGCUAUGCUACAAAAAUGUAAACUGUCACACUCCCAGGUAGGUCCUGUUCACAUUACAGUCAAGUGGUGAUGAAUGCCUUGCAGAAAAUCAAACUGAAACACUCAGUGGAGUCAGUAUUUUGCGUGGUCUCAUGAUUCAGCUAUUCAUUACUGCCUGACUGUUUGUGGAAGAAGGGCUUUCAUUAGAGACAUUAAUGUUUAAUGGAAGUUGAGAGGUAAGGUACAGCCAUGUUAAGUUCCUCUACAUGUUGAGUUGGAGUGUUUGUAGGUUAAAUUACUAGCAGUAAGAUUGUGGAGUGGUUAAUGUUGUGCUGCCAGAAUAUUUUCUAAACAUAGAUUGAUUUUUUAUAUAUAUUAAAACAUAAUGUCUACAUAAAUCUGAAGAACAGACAACCAUCUCAGUACUUUAUAAAAUGUGUUACCACAGUGUGCUUUGUUUGAAACUGGUCAGUGGAUCUUUAGCUAUGUAACCUUUGGGGAAAACAAUGAUUUAAAGUAGUCAGCAGCAUCAUUUACUUACCUAAAAAAUGUUCAUAGGAACAUAGUAAAAAAAAAUAUUUUGAGAUGUUAUUUCAGUAGAAAGGGCAUUUUUUAUAAAUUUUAAGCUGACCAGCCAUUGUCUUUGAUUAUGUAUUUGAAUUUUUCACUAAAAUUUGCUUAGGAGAUGGGUCAGUCAUUUUCUAUAAGAUUGUUUAUGUACAUAACUUACAAAACUAGUUUUAAUGUGAAAACUAUACUAACCACAAAUUGACACCCUCAGUCUCUACGAUCUUGUAUCUUGGUAAAAGAGUAAGCAUAUUUCUUAACAUGCUUCCAUUAUAUUACCCCAAACCUUUAAAAUGUUUAAUUUUGAAAUACUGAUCCUUCAGUCUGUUAGUAGUGUCCAUUUUGAAUUUUGUCCUAUUCAUAUUAAUUAUAUUAAGGGACGGGUCCUCUGAUUUCUUCUCAUCGCACUGCUUGUUGAAUGUCACUGAAUGUGUUUGGGAGAAAGGGUAAAAAACUCCCUUUCAAGUAUAGACAUAUUUUUUGCAAUAAAUAUUUCUUGAACAUAA